GGAUGUAGCGGAGUGUUGGGCCAGGAGGAGACACACAACUGAUGCUUAUUCCACAUUUUACUGAGGAACACAACACAUCUGACUGUGUUACUCCCGGAACAGGAUUUUCAAUGAAGACAGGAAGAGGAUGCUUUGAUUUUCCUGGUUGAAUUUCCUCACUGCAACUUUUUGUUCCAUUAACAAACAUACUGGGCGUUGUGAGUCAUGGGAAGCUUCAAGGGCCACGCUCUCCCUGGGAGCUUCUUCCUUCUAGCUGGGCUCUGGUGGACAGCAAAAUACUCGCUCUGGCACGCCACCCGCAGGAACAAGAACGUAGGUUCCACCCGGUUGGCUAGCAGAGCCUCGCAGCGCCGCCUGGAGAUCAUUGAAAGCUCUAUCGUAGUCUUCUUCUCUUUUUUCGGGAUGCUGGCAGAGCAGUUUUUUGCAGAUGGACCGAAGCUCCGGUUGUACGACUUUACAGAGAAACACUGGGAAUAUCUGAUGAACUGGCAGCAUUCAACCAUGUACCUCUUCUUUGGCCUGGUUGGGAUAGUGUCUCUGAUUAUCCACACCACAGAGGCUUUCCCACUGACUCUGGACAGGUUAAUGCUGGCCAUCGCAUUCUUUAACGAAGGAUUUCUUUUUUUCUACCACCUCCAUGGGAGAAGUAUGCUGGACGUCCAUGUACAUCAGCUGCUGCUCUAUGCCAUCUUUGGAGGGGCUUUUGUUGCCUUCCUGGAGGUCUUCCAACGAGGCAACAUCGUUCUGGAGCUGGUGCGGUGCUGCCUCACUAUGGUGCAGGGCACCUGGUUCUGGCAGAUUGGCUUCGUGCUGUACUCUCCCAGUGGCACUGAGUGGGACAUGAAGGAUCACAACAACAUGAUGUUCAUCACCAUGUGUUUCUCGUGGCACCUCGCCUUCGCCAUGCUCGCCGUGGGUUUGCUGUACUGCACCGUCAACUGUGGGGUUCGCUCCAGAUUGAAGAGGACUCCUCCGAUGGAAAUGGGGCUCCUGAAGCCCAGCGAGAGGGACCCAGAGUCAGAGGAUGAGAUUUUAUAAGGAGGACUGUUGUUUAACUUCACUGUGAUUUGUGUACAUCACAGUUGAAUCAGGGAUAUAAUGUUUGCAGCCAUACAGCAAGAAGAGAGGCAUUCAAACAAGAAAGGGAUGAGGACAUGUGCUUUACUUUAGAAAUAUAUCCUACCUCUGCCUUAUUUAAUCAACUGUUCUUACUAUCAUUGUUGAAUUUAUUUUAGCCAUGGCCUUUAGAAUACAAUAUAUCAUUAUUGUCCAUAUCUUUUUUUGUUGGAGGAAAUUUGUCUCACCAAACAACAUAAAAAAAACAAACAUUCGUAAAACAAACACAUGGGCUAGGUAAUAUGAUACAUAAAAAAAAAUUCAAAGAAUGUCAUGUCAAUUUAUGUGGGUAAAUCUCAUUGGUCACUAUUGAUAUUGAUGGCACUUGGGAUAAAGGACUUCUUAAAUACAUCUUGGUCGCUAAAGGGGCUCUAUAGCGCCUCCUGGAGCUCAAACAGGCUGAACAUAGGAUGGGAUACUUUGCAUAUAUUCUUCCAUAUUCAUUUAUUAUUAAUUUGCACACGUUUUAUCGAUCGCAUGCUUUUCAUUUCACUAACCCAACAUUUCUUGUCAGACAUGUUGGUGUUCAGUAGUGCCACCUUGUGGUGAAAACAGUGAUCACCAUCAGCACAGCAUAUAUUACUUGAAAGUAUUUGUGUUUCAUAAAGAUAGGAAAUUGAGUCGCACAUGUGAGUCGAACCAAAAGCCAAACAAUACAUUAUUUAUGUUGAAUUUUUGCUGUUUGAGAUGAAUACAGACUAAAUUAUUAUUGCCUUUGCUGUAAAUGUUUGUUUUUUCAGUGUGGAUAAAUGUUUUAACAGUGUCUUUGUGUGUGGACUUUCUGCUUGUCAGUGGAAGCUCACACAGUGUCUCUAGUGUUCUUAUCAUACAUGUACCUUCCAUUUGAAUAGUUAUCAUUGGGUUAUUUACAGAAGUCACCGCUACAUUAAUGUUUGUUUUUUCCCCCACUAGUGACAGCUCAAAACAUAACUUAUAACCAAAUGAUCACCCAUGAAUCACAUAAUCAUCCCAGCGGAAGGCAGCCAUUUUAUCUCACUGGUUCCUCCUGCCCAUCCCAACAGAACAACACACCCUGCAUCCCUGGCAACAGGUGUCUACAAAGAUCUUAUAUGUGGAAGAAGACAUAUUCUUGAGUGUUCAGAAAGGUGGCCUAUGCCGUAUUGCACUGGAUUGUAAAGUGAAGCAUACGUUCCUGCAAAUGUAAUUUGCGAAAUAAUUUUGUUUUGGCCUAGCAACUAAUUAUUGUUGUCGUUGUUUAAGC